CGAUCUUCCCCAUAAAAGCUUUGUACUGGGUGCUCGGCUGUCAGUUGGUGUUUCACAGCGCAACAAAACGAAACGGUUUCCUCUCGAGUCAACACAUAUUUUGGUAGAAGCUCUUGAAGCGGCAUGAAAAUUUUAGGAGUGCUCUCCUUGCUCUUGGCGGUUGCCAUUUGUCAGAGCUACGAGAGCUAUCAGCAGUCCAAUUUUAGAUCUAGCUUGUCGUCAUCCUACGGCGAUGGAAAGACCCCACAGUUGGUACCGCAGCUAAGUUCUUGGGCCUCCGCGCACUUCAACGAAGUGCGAGAGCUGGCCAACCAAUUGAAACAGAAAUUCAACGUUUUUUCCCAAAAAUCGGCUAGCUUUGGCUACUCAUUGCCGUGGAGUGCUUCUAUUUUAGACCUUACCGGAAUGAGCGCCGCCCAACUGGAAGUCCUGAGUACAGAAAUCAGUCAGAAGCUGGUGGCAGACAUGCGCCAAGGCAUGAUUAUGUAUGGUACCAUAGCGCAGCCCAACUUCUUUGAAGCAAAGGCAGCAGAGCUGCUGGAGCGCUACGCUGGAGGUGAAAGCGCCAACCUGCAACAGACAGUGGCCCUUGGUCCUUUUAAACCCAUGGACUUGAGUGGAUUUGCGUAUCCCGCCGAGGUGAAGGUUGUUGAUGGCAAGACCUACGUGGUGCACCGUAACUGCACUGAGGCCAAGAGGCUGUCGGGCUACGGUGCCUCUGCUCAACUGAACCAUGGAUUUUUCGCCAAUGACAAGACAUCUCUUCCGCUUAGCAGCACUACAACCACCAUUACGCGAAAGAAGACCUUCCAAGACUGGGUAAGGGGAAACAUGGAACCAAGCGUUGUCGGUUACAACUCAGUGGUUAAUGUGGAUAGUCAGUUGAACAACAGCGUCUUCAAUCAGAUGGCCCUUGCGUCGCCCGGAACCAGCACGACCGUGUUAGUUCACAGCCUUAACAAAACUAUUUCAACGAAUCCGGACGGACCUAUUACCGUAGGUGGUUCCGAGUCUCAACAGCUCUGGAAAGCUGGCAAUUUAGUUUUCGAUAGGCAGCAGCCCUUCGCUCAUAUGCAGAUUCCGCGGGACGAAGAGUGGAAGCGCGAGGAGCGUGAGAGGCUCUUUUGGUUUCUGACCACGCCGCAACGACUUGACGACUGGCAGCAGCAGCAGGAGGAGCGCCUUCUUGGCGUUGUUCAACGAUAUCAGAUAAGUUUGCCCAUGCUAAAGGAGUUUCACCGCCAUGAACUGGCCCGCUACCAGGGUCUUCAGGGGCAGAACGAGCCGCAGGUUCAGGACACAGGCGGCUGGCAAAGGCAGGAGCGCAGUCGUUGGGACUGGCUGAUUCAACAAAACGGCUUUACGGCAGAGGAAAUAAGGCGCUGGCAAAUUGAGAACGACCGCAAGCUUGCCCAGACGGCCCAACAGCACGGCAUCAGUCAAAACCAAUUACAGCAGUGGCAGCGCGAAGAGUUGCAACGCCUUCACAUGCACUUCAACCAGAACGAGUCGCUGUUACCGCAGGUACCAUCAGUUCCACAGACCACCUAUAACUUCCCUUUGACAAGUUCCCAAUCUGAGGAUAACACUGUGGAGCAACAGCGUCUGGAGGCACUAAUACGUCAGCACAAUGCCACUAUUGCCGCUCUCCAAAACUCGAUUAUAACCGACCAACAACGACUGAAGAACCUUUCGAUCAAGUACCAGGGUGACAUGCAAGGUCAAACGCAGUGGCUCCGCGGUGAGGUGGCACGAAUCGGUGGCCUAAUUAAGGAUCAAAACGAUCAGGUUACCAAGAUCACUGCUUGGCAGCGCUCGGAGCGCUCGCGCCUUGAGAACAUACUCACUCAACACCGCGGCUCUGUGAGUGAUAUGCAGCAACGGAUAUACCAAGAUAGGAACUACCUGCAGAAUCUGGCCACUAAGUAUAAAGUGACCGUUGAGGAGCUAGAGAAAUGGCAACAUGAAGAAUUGCGGCGUCUUCAAAUGCAUGGACAGCAGCAACUGGAAGAUCAUAUUAAGGACUGGCAGGCCAGCGUAAGCAACAACCUGCGCGAUAUCGUUGGUCAAAACGAGCUGAGCAUUGAGGAGUUCCGUAACUCCAUUGUCAACGAUCGCAGUCAUUUGGAGGAGAUGGCGCGCAUCUAUAAGGUUAAGGUGGAGGAGAUCGAACAGUGGAUCAAGAGCGAGCUGAAGAAGUUGCAGUCAGAGGGUUUGAUAAAGGAGGUGGAGCGAGAGUUGAAGAGUUGGCAGCAGAAAGAACGUGAGCGCCUUCAGGCCAUUGUGCAACACAAUUCUUUGACUGUGGAGCAGCUGGAGACUAAGAUCAAAAACGAUCAGGAACACUUUUUUAAGCUAGCAGACAAGUACAAGAUCAGCGUCGAAGACAUGCAAGACUGGCUAAAGAAAGAGCUGUUGCGUUUCCAGAGUGAGGGACUGGUCAAAGCGGAAACUCUGAAAGACUGGCAGCAAUCUGAGCGCGCCCAGAUCUCGUUGCUGGUGCAGCAAAAUAAAUACUCGGUCGACGAGUUUCAGCGCAAGAUGUUAGCUGACCGGGCACGCUUGCAAGAACUCUCCAACACCUAUAAUGUCAAGGUAUCUGAGAUAGAGCAAUGGAUCAAGUCAGAGGGCGAUCGACUCCAACACGAGGGUCAGUUGAGUAUGGAAACACAGCUCAGCAACUGGCAAAAGAUCGAGCGCCAGCGCCUCCUGGACCUUAUUAACAAGAAUAAUUUAUCCAUCGACGAGAUAGAGUCAAGGAUCGGGAAGGACCAGACUCACCUCUACAGCUUGGCCCAACAGUACCAAGUACGUGUAGAGGAAAUCGAGCGCUGGACUAAGCAGCAGAUCCAAAAGUUGCAGGACCAGGGGCUGAUUGAGAUGCAGAAAUUGAAGAACUGGCAGCUAGAGUGGCGUGGCAACCUCACCAACAUGGUACAGGACCGCGACUUCACCGUCGAAGAAUUUCACAAGUGGCUGCUUAAGGACCGUACCCAAUUACAGAAUUUGGCCAUGCAGCACAACCUGCAGAUCGAGGAAAUAGAACAGUUUGUUAAGAAGGAAGAGCAGCGCUUUAUCGGCAUGGGCCUUUUAAAGCCAAGUGAGAAGCUGACCAAUUGGCAGGAGGUGGAGCGGUUGCACCUAAGGAAUCUGGCCCAGCAGCAGUACAAGUCCACUGAGCAACUGGAGGCCCGCCUUAAACAAGAUCGUCAGCUCCUUGAGCGUCUGGCCCGCCAGUACAGCGUCCAGGUGGAGGAUAUCGAAAGCUGGAUGAAGCAGGAACUGGCGCGCAUGCGGGACGAGGGUCAGCUUCAGAUCAACAAUCUUACCUCUUGGCAGCUGGCGGAGCGCGAGCGUCUAGAGUCCCUAAUUAAAGAAAACAAGCUAUGGAGCGCCGAGGAGUUGAGAACCGAGCUAGAGAAGGAUCGUGAACACAUGCAGACAAUGGCAUUCCAGUACCACACCUCAGUCGAGGAUAUUGAGAAAUGGCUUCAUAGCGAAAUCGAUCGACUGAAGCAGCAGGGAAAAGUCAACAUUGAACAACUGACUGCAUGGCAGCGUAUUGAGCAGCAACGAGUCCUAUCGCUACUCCAGCAGCACUCUAACACAACUUUGGAGCAGUUCCAAGCAAAGGUGCACAACGAUCGCCGUUUUCUAAUAAAGCUCGCGGAACAACACCACGUGCGUAUUGUGGAAGUGGAAGACUAUGUGAAGCAGGUGAUCGAAGACUUACGCAAAAAUGGCCAGUUUGAGAUCGAGCAACUCCAAACAUGGCAGAGGGUCGAGCGAGACUACAUUAAGAGCUUAAUUGCUGAAUACAAAAACGGUCUGACUACGGCGGAGUACGAAGAAAAACUUCUGGCUGACCGCACUCAUCUGAAGCACCUAGCUGAUCAGUACCGCUUAAAUGUGGAGCAGAUCGAAGAGUGGAUGAUUGCGGAACUAAAACGCCUGCGGGGCAGCACGGAAGAAUCUAUAAGGAACCUUAGUGUCUGGCAGGAGUCCGAGCUGGCGCGCCUGCAAAAUCUAGUUAAACAGCAAAACCACCUAACCUUUGUGGAGUUCGAGAUGGAGCUAAACCAGGAGCGGGAGCGUCUACAAAAGCUAGCUAACCAGCAUUCCGUCAACGUUGCAGAUAUUGAGGAAUGGCUACGCCAACAGCUGAUCAACCUCCGAACAAGGGGUCACGCAAAGGUCGAGAGCUUAAGCAAGUGGCAGGUGGAUGAACAACAACGACUAGUAGAGCUGCUGCUAAAGAAGCAGAAAGAGAUUCCAUACGAGCAGGUGGAACAGGAGCUGAACCAGGAUCAUGCCCGGCUACAGAGCCUCUCGCAGACGCAUCAUAUUGGCAUCGACCAGGUCGACCAAUGGCUGCGGGAGGAGCUGCGGCGCCUACAAAGCUCCGGCCUCGUCCAGUUUGAGCAGCAGACCCAGUGGCAGCAGAAGAUCAGCAAUGGAUUCAACGACUGGUUGAAGCAGCAGCGCAACGGCUCAAGCUACCAAGAGUUCGUUGAUUUUCUCAAGCGAGACAAGCAGCGGCUAGACGGUAUCGCCUCCGACUAUCACGUGACAGUCGAGCAGGUGGAGAAGUGGGUUCAAAAAGAAGCCGCUCGUCUUUCGCUCAUUGGAGUCAUAGAUCGUCCGCAGGACAACGUCAAGUACGAGGAUAUUGGCAAAAUAUGGGUUGAAGACAAGUCUUCCUCCUGGAAAGAAGAACUGGUGGCGCGUCUUCGAAGUGUUACCCACCAGCGACCAUUCUCUAGGCAAGAGUUUGAGAGCUAUUUGAUUCGUAACAAGCCGAUAUUUGAGCAGAUCGCACGCCAGUACCACGUGACUAUCGAAGAUAUCCACUUUUGGCUGCAAAAGAGUGCUAGCAACGAGGGCCUAGUCACUUCCGCUUGGCAAGACAAUGAACGGUUACACAUCGAAGAUCUGAUCAACCAGCAAGGGCGCAUGCGGCUGAGGUGGACCAUCGAGGAGCUUGAACUCCGACUGGAAAACGAUCUGAAGCACAUCCAGGAUGUCAUUGCUCAAUAUCAUGUGACUGUCGAGGAGCUGAGAAGAUGGUACCAAAACGAGCUUAAUCAACUGCUGAAGCAGCGCAGGAUCGACCGCGGUCAAGGCCUUUGGUGGCAGAGUCCUGAAAUUAAACGGAUCUACUUAGCAACCCUGAAAAACCAGGGCAAUAGUCGAAAGUUUCUAGAAAAUCAAUUAUUACGUGACGUCCAAGUCCUGGCCCGAGAGUAUCGAAUCACUGUGGAAGAGCUGCGUCUAUUUAUUCAGGAUAAGCUGCUUCGUUUCUCGGACAUGGGAUUUUUCGUAGACACUGGACGUCCGGACAACAACUGGCGCAAUCAGGAGCGAAAACGCUUACGCGAAGUAGCAACCGCCAUAGUAAUAACUGAGCAAGAGCUCCUUGAGUUCAUCUCACAGGACAUGAAGUUCCAGACGCAAUUGGCCCACCUCUAUCAGGUGGGUCUGGUUCAGUUAGCGCCAGUGCAACGCAUUUUUAUCGGCAACAUGGCCCGUGAGCAGUUGCUGGAGCAGCGCCGUCUGAACAAUCUUACUAAUUGGCAGCAGCGGGAACGUGACCGCCUUUACGAUUUCAUCGGCAACCAAAACAUGACGCAGGUAGAGCUAAUGAGCUGGCAGAGCCAAAACUCCCGCUUACUGCAAGACUUUUCUCAGAGGUAUGAAAUCUCGGAGCAGCAGCUCAAGGACUGGCAGAAGCAGGAACUUGAGCGCAUAAAGCAGUUGGCACAAUACUACGGCAUGUCGCAGAGUGACCUGCAACAAUUUCGCGAGGGUGAACUGCUCCAUCUAGCCUACGAGAACCACCGCACCCUUAUGUCUGUCACCGAAGUCCAAAAGUGGGAAUCGCGUCACCAGUGGUGCCUGAAGCGUUUGCAGAGUAGAUACGGCAAGUUUGGAGACGAGUUGGUUGCAUGGCGUCGAACCCUUUUCCUGCUUAGUCAGGGACUUAUUGACCUACCGAUAAGCAGCAGCGCUGACGGUGGAUACGUUCUGGAUCCAGGGAGCACCAACGCCACUGCUGUCUACAAACCAAUAUUCUCCAAAGAACGCGGUGACCAGCCGCCGCACACCUACGGGGAGACCUUUGACGAGGGUGACGAACCGGGUCUAGAGGGCGAGAUGAGCCUUCCUCGACCUCCGCAUCCCUCUCCCAUUAUGUCCACAUCCACGCCUGUUCCACAAAACAAGGGUGGGCCAGUAGGCGGGUACGAGUACCGGCGUCAGGAAUACAACUUCAACGUACCAAUAGGCACAGCCUCGUCCUCGGCAAGCGGGGGAGCCGCCGGAUCCUUUGCUAGCGCCUCUGCAACCAUGGGAAAGUGGAAUCGGUCGGCUGGGGAUGAACCGUCACAACAGGAAGAGGAUCCCUCUGAACAGCAGCAGGUGGAGGAUCUAGGAUGGAACGGAAAUCUGGAGGGUCUUGAACAGCAAAAGCAGGUUGAGGACCCGGACUGGAACCAGCAGUUUGAGGAUCUUGGGCAGCAGCAAGCUCAAGUUGAAGAUCAAAAUGGAUCCAAAAGCAAGAUCCAGUUUCAACCUCAAUCCUCGAAAAUGGAGGAAGAAGCGACCGCAGAGCCCUCAUUCUGGGAGAAGCUUAAAGGAAAGCUUGGCUAAAAAUAAAAUCAAAUAACUGCCAUUUACGGACGUACGUUACUAAGUCUAGUUUUUAAAGAUACCAAUUGAAAAAAGUCUUAAUUAAAAAAAUGUAAUAUUU